ACAGCCCGGUCUUUUCCGGUGUGCUCUAUUCUGGCUUGCUUGUGAGCAGAAACGUCGUUGCUGUUUGUGUCAUCUUGUAAACAACAUGGCCACGGCGUCCGGGGACGACUUGAGGAAGGAGCUCACCUGCGCCAUUUGCUUGGACAUCUUCAAGGAUCCAGUCAUCCUCAAAUGUGGCCACAAUUUCUGCCGCUUUUGCAUCUGUAUGCAUUGGGACGAAAAUGGCGGCGACUACAACUACCAGUGUCCGCAGUGUAGAUCGGUCUUCAACAAGAGAACCUUCACCAAGAACUACCUGGUGCAGAACCUGGUGGCCAAAAUGGAUGACCUGGAGUGUCUGGGUUCCAGCCAGGCCCCCCAAAAGCCGCUGAAAGCGGAGGGCAUUUGUGAGAAACAUGGCGAGGAGCUCAAACUGUACUGCCAGACUGACAAGUGGCCCAUCUGUGUGGUCUGCAGGGAGUCCAGGUCUCACAGACAUCACAUGGUCGCCCCGGUUUCCGAAGUCAUCAACGACAUGAAGAUGGAGUUGAAGGUGAGGCUGAUGGAGCUCAACUGGCAAAAGUCUCAGUGCAUCAAAGUUCUUUCUGCAGACGAGCGCACCAAAAAUGAAAUCAAGAUGAAGAAGGAGCACCUGAAGGAGAAAAUCGAGUCGGACGUCUGCGUGCUGGUCCAGUUCCUGCUCGACGAGAGAGACUCCAUCCUCGAGAGCCUGGACGCAGACGAGGUGGCCGCCAUGGCGGUCAUCGAGGACAACCUCAAGUUGGUGGAGACGGAGGCGGCCGCCGUCACCAAGAACAUCGCCGACAUCCACAACCACAUCAGCGGCAAGACCAGCUUGGAGAGCCUGGCAGAGACCUUCAAUGAGGUCGUCCACAGCAAACCCUUUACUGAUCUGGAGCCCGUCAACUGUCCCACAGAGAUGAUGUACUUCUCAGGACCAUUCCAGCUCAUCAUGUGGAAGAAGAUGAUGCACGUGCUCCACACCAUGCCUCAGAACCUGACGUUGGACCCCGACACGGCCCACCCCAGCCUGGCCAUCUCAGACUUUGACACCAAAGUGGAGGAGGCGCUGGUGCGGAACCAGGAGCCGGAACUGCGCGGGCGCUUCACACGCUUCUGUGGUGUGCUGGCCACGGCGCAGUACUGCGGCGGGCAGCACUACUGGGAGGUGGACGUGCGCGACAAGGGCGUGUGGUACCUGGGCGUCACCACCGAGGGCAGCAACAGGAAGGGCUUCGUCACGCUCACGCCGUCAGCCGGAUACUGGAGCCUGUGUCUGCAGGACCGUCUCUACGCCAAUGGCGAGGACGGCCGCAUCCUGGUGGCCGACUACUGGAACUCGCCCCGCGUGGGCGUGUACCUGGACUACGACAACGGGCACCUCAGCUUCUACGACGCCGUCACCAUGAAGAGACUCUACUUGUUUGACACCUGCUUCGCCGAACCCGUCUACCCGUUCUUCAGCCCGGGAAAGAACGACCCAGGCAGCCGCCUCCAGAUCUGUCACUACUACUGAGGCAACGGCACAGAUCCUCUAUUCUGCGAGAGGCCCGUCUCCCACUAAGCUCUGCGGUCAUCCUUGAAGUCCCGCCCUGGAAUCACUGUGUCCACCAAUCAGAGAGCAGCUUGCCUCAUCAGUUGGAGACUGACGUUUGCACAAGGAGUCUCUAAUCCGGUUUUACUACUUUUUUCUUUUCUCUCCCUUGUCUUGAUCUGCUGCUGCUUGUCAACCACACUUUUAUCACUUUUUAACCAUUGGGCUUUUCCAAACCAAGACCAGCAGGAGACAUGAUCAUCCUCUUGGGCUUUUCCAAACCAAGACCAGCAGGAGACACGAUCAUCCUCUUGGGCGUCUGCACUUUUUGUAACCAGAAGAACCUUUGAAAUUCUUAAACUUCGCAGCCGCCUUUUAAAAUGUUGAUUGGUCCGUUUUACUUUUCAUCAUCAAUUUUAAGAAUUUAAGCCGUUUUGUUUUUUAAGGUGAAGUUUGGUGUGCGUAACGUGAGCGAUUUUUGUUCACACUGCACACUUGUAUUGUGUAAUAGUGCCACACUAUCAAUGUAAAUAAUCUACUGAUUUAACGAGAUUAAAAAAUACUGACAAAAGCCUUCUUUUUUUCACUCACU